UUAAAACCAUUUCAGUGUGAGGAAUGUGGCAGAGCCUUCACAUCUCAACGUUAUCUUCAGUAUCACGUGGAUGGGGUUCAUAGAAAUUUGAAACCAUUUCCAUGUGAUGAGUGCAACAGAUCCUUUUCCACCAAACAGAGCCUCCAGUUUCAUGUGGACGGAGUUCAUAGAAAUCUCAGAUCUUUCAGGUGCGAGAUUUGUGACAAGUCCUUCUCUCGGCCAGACUCACUCAAACAGCACAUAAGGGGCAUUCAUGAAAUCCCUUCUUCUAUUAUUGAAAAGAAAUAUCUACUGGAUUCUACCUGUAAUAAUUCAACGUAUAAGCUAUCUUCCAACUUCCAGGGGGGACGUCGUUUCGGUGUGAUAAAUGCGGGAAUUUCUUCCCAUCCAAGCAAAGCCUUCAGUACCACGUGA